AUGCAGACUGAUAUGUCUCGAAAAUUUAUCUUCUUGGUAGGGUCUCCGUUGGUAGCAAGCCUGGAUUGGAACACCGACAAGCUUCUCAACAAACCUAUACCUCCUUUUGACGAGAAUACGGAGAGCCCAGAACAACAGCUAUCCCUGGAUCAACCACCUGUAAGAUGGAGAGUGUUACGGUCACCAUCAGUCGAUAAGCUAGGAGACAAUUAUGACUCUUCUCAACACUAUGGGGAUCCAGUCUUUUUUAUCUCGCAUCAACUGGCUGUUGCAACAGAUGCACCAGCAGAAGGGCAUUCAGCAGAUUCGAUUCUUAGAUUCUACGACCAUUCCUUUGCCAUCCACGAAACCUCCGAGGUAGCUGGCCCAGAUGUGUACGUAGCAGAUUCCACGCAGGAGAGCAGUUUGGGCGAGGACAGCAUGCUGGCUAGCUUUACGGGGCUGGACAAGUCAGACAUCCCAAGGUCACCUCGCAUCCUCCAUAUCCCUGGACCCCUCACCGAUUUGCAAGAUCUUCCCACGGCCAGUUCACCCCCACGUCGGAUAGUAACGCGACAAUUGAAAACCGAAUUGGACCUUGUCGAGCUCGUUGUUGGAGACGAGACAAGGGCUGGGUUUGCAGUCAAUUUUUGGCUCAAACCAGACAAGCCGACCGCUGCCAAGAACAAUGAAGCGGAUCGCCUGGGUCGAUCACUGGCGUCACUUCGACCCCGCGACAUUGUUUUGCUCCGAACCGUCGGGCUCAGUACAUUCCAAGAUCGGGUGUAUGGACAAAGUCUGCGCCGAGGGAUGACUACAGUCGAGCUGUUGCAUCGACAACCGGUAGAUGUGACGGAUGCAGUUGGAUUUUACCAGAGUAGAAUGCAAGAAGGUAGCUCCCAGGAUGAUCAGCGGGUUCUCAAGGCUCGCCGAGUACGAAAUUGGAUACUCCGAUUUGUGACGGAUCCGGUUGGAAUGUCACAUCCACGUGGACUACCUCCGGAUACGCAAUAG